CUCCACAAUCUCGGUGAUAUAUAAUGUCGUCGUUGUGAAACAUUUCGGGUUUUUAGGGUUGUAGUCCGAAGACAUCUCAAACUCACACUGCACUUUACGAAGCAUGACUGCCCAAACUCAAGAAGAGCAGCUCGCUGCCCAACUCGAACAGAAAAAAAUUCAUGAUGAUGAGCCCGUAGUCGAGGACGAAGAUGAUGAAGAUGACGAUGAUGAAGAAGAUGAUGACAAGGAUGACGAUGAUGUGGAAGGACAAGGAGAUGCAAGUGGUAGGUCUAAGCAGAGCAGAAGUGAAAAGAAGAGUCGCAAGGCAAUGUUGAAACUUGGAAUGAAGCCAAUACCAGGUGUCAGCCGUGUGACUGUCAAGAAGAGCAAGAAUAUUCUGUUUGUUAUCUCAAAGCCAGAUGUAUUUAAGAGCCCCGCAUCUGAUACGUAUGUCAUUUUUGGGGAAGCAAAGAUUGAAGAUUUAAGCUCACAACUUCAAACUCAGGCUGCGGAGCAGUUCAAGGCUCCUAAUCUAAAUAGUGUGACAGCAAACCCUGAGCCAUCAACAUUGGCUCAAGAUGAUGAAGAUAUAGAUGAAACUGGUGUGGAACCCAAGGACAUAGAGUUGGUGAUGACACAAGCUGGGGUUUCAAGACCAAGAGCUGUUAAAGCACUCAAAGCAGCAGAUGGAGACAUUGUUUCUGCCAUUAUGGAAUUAACAAACUGAGCCACCUUCUCGGCGAAACUUUACAUCUGAUGAGUUGUAUUUUUUUUGGGCCCCCAGUGCUGUCUACUUGAGAAUUUGAGAUUGAAAUUUCGAAUGUCUUUGUUUCUUUAAUCCUUGUACUAGUAUGAUAUAACUCUGAUGGUUAUGAUGUAUGGUUUGGAUGUCUUUGCAUGUAGUGCAUUGCACCUCAUCAUUUAUACAA